GCUGUUCGGAAGGCGCCCCCGCCCCCGCGGAGGCGGGGAGACUGGGUCUAUCCCGCGGGGACCCGGCGACAGCCAGAAGGACUCGAGACUGAGCCAGGGGCGACACGUGGUCUCGGCCGGGCGCCAUGGAUGCCUUCACCCGCUUCACCAACCAGACCCAGGGCCGGGACCGACUCUUCAGAGCCACUCAGUACACAUGCAUGUUGCUUAGAUAUUUGUUAGAGCCUAAAGCUGGCAAAGAGAACGUGGUAAUGAAGCUCAAGAAACUGGAGUCCAGUGUGAGCACUGGCCGUAAAUGGUUCAGGCUGGGCAACGUGGUGCACGCCAUCCAGGCGACGCAGCAGAGCAUUCACGCCACUGCCCUGGUGCCCCGCGUGUGCCUGACGUUAGCCAACGUGAACCGUGUGAUUUAUUUCGUGUGCGAUACCGUCCUCUGGGUGAGGAGCGUGGGGCUCGCCACUCACGUUAACAAGGAGAAAUGGCGGAAGUGGGCUGCCCGCCAUUACUGCUGCUCCCUCCUGCUGAGCCUGGCCCGGGAUCUGUACGAAAUCUCCCUGCAGAUGGAGCGAGCCGCGCGCGACCCGCCAGAGGGGGCGACAGCGCCACCUCAGGGUCCUCCUGGCAGCAGCGUGGCCGACGAGGAGCCGGAAUGGCUCCAGGCCUUUCUCCUCCUCUUGUUCCGAUCUCUGAGGAGGCAUCCUCCCUUGCUGCUGGACACGGUAAAGAACUUCUGCGAUAUCCUGAACCCGCUGGACCAGUUGGGGAUCUAUAGGUCCAACCCCGGCGUCAUUGGACUCGGAGGCCUCGUCUCGUCUCUGGCGGGCAUCGUCAUCGUGGCGUGUCCGCAGCUGAAGCUGAAGCCGCAGUGAAGUGCUGGCCGGCUCCAAAGGGCAGCGUCUCAGGGCGGACGCUUGCAGGAGGCGCACGUCGUGUCGGGCUGGGCCUAGGGACCUGCUCCUGCGAGCGUUGGGUGACCCGCGACGGGAGCAAGCGUGGGGCCCGGGGUGCAGAACGGCAGUGCGUGAAGAUUUAUACGUGUUUUUUCGAGCGCUGGAGUGAUUCUGAAUUUCCGAGUAUUUUCCUUUCAUCUAACAUUUUUUGAGCCUCUCUUGUGCUCCUAGUGGGAGCUUACUGCUUGCUGAAUAUAUAAAAAUUAGAAAA